AUGCACACGGCACUCUCGACGCACGUACUCGCUCUCGCACCAGACUCGCUCGCCAGCCUCGGACAACUCGACCUCGACUCGCUGUCCGAACUGUGGUCUCUCUUCACCCGCUGCAAGGACAACUUGCAGAAUGGCAGGCGGUUGGAGAACCUCUCGUGGAGGCUGUGGUACGAGUCGGGCGGGUGCAGGCGCGACGGCGUGCCCCUUCCCAGGUCCGCCCAGGGCUCUCCCAAAGCCGUCGAGGCGGAUUGGAGCGAUCCAGAGUGGGAAGAGGCGUCGGAUACGGAUACCGGGGCGAGUUUCAGUGUCGACGAGAAGGAGGAGGACGAGUCGGUCCCGCCCGCUUCUCCACCACGCACUCGCGCCUCUCCUCCCUCCACAAGCACCCACAAGCACCCCUCCCCAUCCAUCUCUCCCCGAUCCGCAACCGAAACCGACACGUCCCGCGGGCGGACAUCGACUACCGUUCCUCCUCGACCGCCUCUCGCGCGACGAGGCGUCUCGCGCGAGUGGGGCGGCGCACCGGUCAUCAGUGGCGGGUCGCUGCAGCGCAUGAUUGCGGACUUGCAGAGGUUGCCGGAGAUACCCGUCCCCGGUCGAGCGAGGAGCGUCGAUGGCGCCACGGUCAACGGGCUGAACAAGCCACCGCUCGGAUCGAGGGGUUCGAGUGCGCCGGAUAAUCUCAACGCGGCGUCGUUGCAGGCUUCGAGGGCGGCGUCGCCUACCCCCGCCGCAGCGGACCUCACGCGAUCGAGUUCGUCGGCUUCGACUUCGGCGCGGCAGCGCAGUCGAGCCAACUCGUCGAGUAUCUCCCGCUCCGCCUCGACGCCCGCAGCGAACGCACCCGAAGAACCGCACCAGCCUGCUCCGCCUCCGCCUCCCGCGCCGCCGAACCGCCGCGUCCCCUCCGGCCUCGCAAUGUCGACUAUGCCCGCCACCGCCGCUCGUCGUCCAGCCGCCGUCUCUCCCUCCCCUCCUACGCCCGAGGAGGUGAUCCGCAUGACCCCCUCGGAAACAGCCAUGCUCGCACUCUCCAACUCGCGCAACAGAUCCGACCUCUCCCUCUCCCGUCGAGCCCAAUCGACAGCCGAACUGGCAGCGUCCUUCAAGCCUGCGAGUUUCGUAAAGGGGUUCGAGCCCUCUCCCCCGCAGGCGCGGCAGCAGGCUCAGGUUGUCGUACCCGCGUCCGUCGAGGCGAGACCCGGACCAGGCGCGAUCGCCCCUCCCCCGACGCCCGCUACGACCCUCGCUUCUCUCGGUCCGAGUCCGCCCAAAUCGGCGCUCAAAUCUCCCUCUUCAGCCUCGUCCUCGCGCAGCACCUCGACCCCCGCCAAAGUUCCCCCUCCACCAUCCGCUCAAGUCCAGAGAACAGGUCCCGGCCCAUCCGCGUUCCGCCACCCUCCACCCGCCGCAGGCCCAGGGGCAGGGGGAGACAGAGCGAAAAAGAUCUUUUUCAUCUCGUCGCCCGAGUCGGAUGAGGAGGGCAGUCGGUCGAGUGCUGGAGGUGGAGGUGGACGGUCGGGAGGGAGUGGUGCGGGGAUGAAGGUGGUUGUUUCGCCGCCUUCGGCUGUGAAGAAGAGCGUGCAGGUGGGGGACAAGGGGAAGGGGAAGGAGGUCGAGCGGAAGGGAGGAAGGGGCGAGGCGGAGGAAGUGGACGAGUGGGCGAGCGAGACUGAGUCCGACGAGCAGGAGGAGGAGGACGACGACUCGUCGGGCUGGGGAUCCGAGUACUCGACCGAAUCCGAUAUCGCGCGCGACUCGGCUCGUCGAGCAGGAGCGCGAGCGUCCGACUCGACCAACCUCUUUGCCAAGCAGCGCACCGCAUCGACUGCGACGCUCAAUAACGGCGCCAACACCGGUGGGCCGGGCGAACUUACCCGCCGACCGCCCGGCUUGCUCUCGCAGCUGUUCCACCCGGACCAAUUCAUCGACGACUCGGACCGCAACCCCUCGACCGCGGACUUGAUGCGCAGGAACCACAAGAGCAUGUCGGCUCUCCCGACGCUCGGGAGGUUGCAGCAGAGUGAGAAGUCGACGGCUGGACGGUUGGGCGCGAAUGGCAGGAGCAAGAGUUUCUUGAAGGGCAAGCCGGAGCAUGUCGAGCUCGAGUCGAGUUCGGAUGAGGGUGAGGGCUACGGCGGGCGGGGACCACCGGUUGCGGAGCGGGAAGAGGAGGAGGAGGGAUCGUCCGAGUACGAGGACGUCGAUGCGGAUGCCGAGGCCAAGGCCGCCGCAGCUGCCGCUCUCGCACGCCGCCAGCGCGAGUUGGAGGAAGUCGUCGCCCCUCCCCAAACGCCCCGAACGACCCGCCGCGCCAUGCUCGCGACAGAACUGAGCGAGUCCCUCCGCCGCAACUUGCUCUGGGAACGCCAGACGCGCAACCGCAUCAUGGGCGGCAUGCCUCGUCGUCCGACGAUGCCGGGCGAACCGCUCCCCCAGCGACCGGCGAGCUCGACCAACCUCGCUGCGGCGAUGCAACAGCAAGGACCUCCUUCUGCGCCCGCCGUCCCGCCUUCGCAGCUUCAGCAGCCUCACCAGCCGACUGUCACCCGCGCACAGACGGACGAAGGCGGCGUGCGCGCACCGAAUCCCUCGCCUGCGACUCGGCAUUCCCCUCCCCUCUCGAAACGCUCGCCGCCGACUCAGCCGCAGCGUCCGCACGCGCCUCAGCACCACCACACCCAGCACGCCCCGCGCCAUCCGGGCACGACCAACCUCCCUCGCCGUCACACGACCGGGACGGGCCUGUACCUCCAGGCUCUCAACGGCGGGUCCUUCCGCCGCGCUCGAGCGGCCGACACCGAUUCGGAGCUCAGCCAGAGCAGCGACGACGAGGACGACGGACGCGCGUCACCUGCCGAUGUCUUCGGUAGCUCGAUUGGCGGUCAGAGGGUGUGGUGA